GCCAUUUUAUAACAAUAAAGACGAUUUUGAAUAUUCUUGGAAAUAUUUUUUAGAUAAUGGCAGAUAGUAGAGAGGAUAUGAGUAGAGAGAAUACUCAAGAAGAUGUUCUUGUAGAGAGUUCUCGCCCAGAUAAUGAACAGAUUCCAUUGCAGCCUUCAAACGAGUCCAUAGUACUUGAGCCGCGAUCAUUGUCUCAGCAGUUUGUUGAUUAUUCUAAUAGAUUAAUCCAGCCUAGGAGUCAUAGAGCAAAAAUUCUCGUUUGGGCUGAUUUAACAGUAAAUGAUAUGGAUUUAUUAGAGGGAUGUAAAGCUCCAGAUGAUAUUAAAAGAGAACUAUGCACUAUCUUUCAACUUACUGAUGGAAUUGAUCCAGAAAAGACUGAAGUACUUUUGGAUUUAUACUAUUACGCAAUAAUAUUUAGUAGAGAGAAUAGCUUUUCAAAAGCCCAAACAUCCGCAUUAAUAUCUAUAAUAAAAGCAACACACGAUGUUUGUACAGAAACACCUUUUGGUAAUGUUAAUGAAACAUUUAGCUAUUUUAAGGAUUUGAUACUAUGUCAUUCAGUUAAGAGGCCUCCUUUUAGUAUCAACCUUUUUGAUGCUCAUCAAGUUCGCCUAAUUACUGAUUAUAUGCUUAAUACGUACUUCAGACAUUAUAAAAUGUAUAAAUAUGCAUUCACUCCUUUGGUUAGAUUGGACUUAGGUUUAAAAUAUAUUGGUAUGAAAGAAACGCCCCCUCCAUCUGAAAAAGCAGAUGAAGAAAGCGUAAAAGACGACGAGAAGGAGGAAGUAGACGUUGAAGAACCAAAGCCUGACGAAGAAGAAAGUCCAGCAGCAAGUGAACUAAGGUCCUUAAUUAAAAUGCACCUCACAACCGAAUUAAAGAGAGUACAAAAUCAAUGGGAAGAGCGCCUUCAAGAGAGUAUAGCAAGUAUAUCUGGUAAGGUUGAUGCUGCCGAAGAUAAAGGAAGAAAAUCGGGAAAAGGAAAACGAAAAUGAACAAUAAAAAUGUAGCCAGAAACAAAGAAAUAAAUUAUUUAUAAAGGCCAUUUUAGCCUGAUUUUUUUUUAUUAUAUACAUUACAUAGUAUAAAUUUAUAUAUAAAUACAUUUGUAAUUAUUACUUUAUAUCUUUCUCAUCGUUUUCUCUUCUUUAAAUAGCAACAAAAUGGCUUAUAGAAAAGAAGAGUGGAAAACAGAAAGAUAAGAAAAGAACUUCUUU